UGAAGGGGCGAUGGUGCCUCAGAGGGGCCGGGCUAGAGGCGCUGAGGGUCUCGGUUCCGGGCCCUUACGGCUUCCGUGCCCGAGCAAGCAAAGCGGUGUCCGGCUCCCCCAUAGUCGAGUGCCGGGGAGCGCGGAGCGCGGCGAUCCAGGUCGGCAGCAGCGUGAUGCGGCAGAGAGUAAACAUGCCUAAAAAGAAGACCGGUGCUCGUAAGAAAGCGGAGAACCGUCGGGAGCGUGAGAAGCAGAUAAGGGCUUCACGAGCCAACAUAGACUUGGCCAAACAUCCUUGUAAUGCCUCGAUGGAAUGUGAUAAGUGCCAAAGACGACAGAAGAAUCGAGCUUUUUGUUACUUCUGUAAUUCUGUUCAGAAAUUGCCCAUUUGUGCACAAUGUGGAAAAACCAAAUGCAUGAUGAAGUCUUCUGACUGUGUUAUAAAACAUGCUGGUGUGUACAGUACUGGACUAGCUAUGGUGGGUGCAAUCUGUGAUUUCUGUGAAGCCUGGGUGUGUCACGGGAGGAAGUGUCUCAGCACCCACGCGUGUAUGUGCCCUCUGGCAGAUGCAGAAUGCGUUGAGUGUGAAAGAAGUGUCUGGGACCAUGGAGGCAGAAUAUUCGCCUGCUCUUUUUGCCAUGAUUUUCUCUGUGAAGAUGAUCAGUUUGAACAUCAAGCCAGCUGCCAAGUUCUGGAAGCAGAGACAUUUAAAUGUGUCUCCUGUAACAGGCUGGGGCAGCAUUCCUGCCUGCGUUGCAAGGCUUGUUUUUGUGACGAUCAUGUGCGAAGUAAGGUUUUCAAGCAGGAAAAAGGGAAAAAGCCUCCUUGCCCUAAAUGUGGCCAUGAAACUCAGCAGACAAAGGAUCUGAGCAUGUCAACACGUUCAUUGAAAUUUGGCCGACAGACUGGAGGAGAAGAUGCAGAUGGAGCUUCUGGUUAUGAUGCCUACUGGAAAAACCUUUCCUCCAGCAAGAGUGGGGAGGCAGGUGACCGUGAGGAUGACUAUGAUGAGUAUGAAGCAGAAGAUGAUGAUGAAGAUGACAAUGAUGAGCGAGGGAAGGAUUCAGAUUCUGAGGCCACGGAUGUAUUCAGCAAUUUGAAUUUAGGAAGGACCUAUGCUAGUGGGUAUGCACAUUAUGAGGAAUCAGAAGAUUAAGCUUAGUAUGCUGGCUUUGGAAGGAGCCAAGCAACGCUUCACUGAGUUGUGUACAUGCUAGUAGGGUAGCUCUGUCAGGUACUUAUGUAUCAGAGUUAGAGAGCAAAGAAUGUGGCACUUCUGCAGUAACUCCAAAGGACAUUUUUCCUGUAGAUGAACUGAUGUUAGGUUUGGGACUGGGGGAGAAAAUCAAGGUAUUUUUAGUCCCCUAAACAACAGAAUGGUUUUGUCCUUGAGUUACUGAGUAUAAUGGUUCAAUACCAUUUCUCCUAUCAACACAGGAAUGUGGGAAAGCUGUAGCUGUUGCUUCCAUUUGCCCAUCAGAAACUAAGUUAUUUUUUACAAUAAUUUUGUUAACUGAUUUCAUACAUUAUGCAGUGGUGGGUUGGUGACUGCAUUUUUUUUGGUCUGCACAAUAAAAGUCAACUGCAUUAUCUAA